ACGUAUAACCUAGUGGACGGUUCUUCAUAAACAGCUCGUCAACCACCUCGGUAGCUUGCUAGCCAACAUAGCCGAAAGAUUCAAGCUAUUUAUACGCUUUCGGUGUAUAUUAGCUACUGUGUUUUCGACACACUUAGGUCGUAUCUACUUGUUAACCUAUUUAAUAUAAUAUUACGUUAAUUUUUAUUAGUCAGCAAUAGUAACUGGCUGGUGAAGUUAGCACUAGCCUAGUCGCUAAUGAUAGCUAGCUAACAUCCCCGACCAUGAGCUCAUUAAACUACUCCCCUCUUGUUAAAGAGGCGCUCUGCUGGACGGAGAAAGAAGCUCUGGGGCUGAACAUUGUCGUGAAAGAGGAGGAGGAAGAAGAGGAUGUCACAGUAAAACAAGAAGUAGAGGGUGAGGCUGUUACCGUGAAAGAAGAAGAGAAAGACGUUUCAGUGAAAGAAGAGGAAGACACGUUCAGAGUGAAAGAGGAGGAGGAUGUUACAGUAAAAGAAGAGGAAGGGAAAGAAGAGGAUGCAGUUUUUGGAGUGAAGAAGGAAGGGGAGAUUACUGUCACAUUGAAAGAUGAAGAGGAGGAAAUAGGAGAUCUGAUUAACACCAGAGAGAGACCAGACUCUCCCUCUGACAGCGGGAAGAGUCCUUCAAGGGAAUCAGACCCAGAGACGCCCAAACCAGCGAGACGACAUCACUGCUCCCACUGUGGAAAGAGUUUUACCAAGUUAGGGAACCUGAAUAGGCAUGAGAGGACACACACAGGAGAAAAACCUUUCCAAUGCUCCCAGUGUGGAAAGAGUUUUAACGAAUUAGGGUACCUAUUAAUACAUAAGAGAAUACACUCUGGAGAGAAGCCUUACGACUGCUCCAAAUGUGGAAUGACUUUUACCUGGUUAGGGAGCCUGAAAACACACAAGAGAAUACACACGGGAGAAAAUCCUUUCCUAUGUUCCCACUGUGGAAAGAAUUUUACCCAGUUAGGGAACCUAAAUCGGCACAAGAGGACACACACAGGAGAGAAGCCUUAUCAAUGUUCCCAGUGUGGAAAAAGUUUUAGGGGUUUAGUGAGCCUGAAACAGCAUGAUAGGACACACACAGGAAAAAAGCCUUACCAAUGCACCAUAUGUGGAAAGAGAUUUACCCAGUUAAAGUCCAUGAAAUUACAUGGAGGAAUACAUACAGGAGAGAAGCCUUAUCAAUGUUCCCAGUGUGGAAAUAAUUUUAGGGGUUUAGUGAACCUGAAACAGCAUGAGAGGACACACUCACAAGAAAAGCCCUACCAAUGCUCCCUGUGUGGAAAGAGUUUUACCAAGUUAGAGGGCCUGACUAGGCAUGAGAGGACACACUCAGGAGGGGAUAAGUCCUACCACUGCUCCCUGUGUGGAAAGAGUUUUACCAAGUUAGGGGGCCUGACUAGGCAUGAGAGGACACACACAGGAGAGGAUAAGACCUACCACUGCUCCCAGUGUGGAAAGAGAUUUAACAGGUUAAGGCAUCUGAAUAAGCAUGAAAGAAUACAUACACAGGAGGAGAAGACAUACCACUGCUCUCAAUGUGGAAAGACAUUUUCCCAGUCAGAAGACCUGAAAUCACAUGAGAGAAUUGAGAGACUGUGUUCUGACUUGUGUUUUUGACUGAGAAUUUGUGUUUUUGUUUGUCACAUGAAAUCAUAUUGUUUAAAUGAAAUCAGACAUGAGAAUCUGACCAAAACAACAGGCCUGUUUCUGUUGUUUUUCAUCUUGAUCUAAAAUCACAUUAAAUAUUUUAAAAUGUGUAUUUCGUUUUCAUUAUGAACUUUGAUUGGUUGUAUACAAGUAUAAACCCUCUGAUGUUGUUCAUAAUAUGAUUUGGAUAUUGCUACAUGUAAAUGAUUAUAUAAGGAAGUAAGUAGCCUUGGCUUGUAGCUGUUUCUGUAGUGUGAGGCAGCUUGAUGUACAAGUACUUCCUCUGGACAGGACUUUAGUCUAUAGUCUAUACAGUACACAGUUUAGUAGCAAGACUCUAGUCUAUGGUCUAUACAGUACACAGUGAAGUAACAGGACUCUAUCUCCUGUUUCUGUAGUGAGGCAACUGGAUGUACAAGUACUUCCCCUGGACAGGACUCUAGUCUAUUAAGUUAUUAUAUAGAUUCAUUUUAUUUUUCUAUUCUUCAUUCCAACCUUGAAUUUAAAUGUGAUAUAUGAUUUGGAUAUAAUGACUUUGAUUGGAUACAGCUGCAGCCAAAUAUAUUGGCACCCUUACACUUAGAAAUAAUUCCCUAUUUCUUCUCAAAUCAGUUGAAAUUGAUGGUGGUCUAGUACCACUACUAUACUAUGAUGGUCUCCAUACCUUGUUAUUGUACUAGCUCCACUACUAUACUAUGAUGGUCUCCACCUUGUUAUUGUACUAGCUCCACUACUAGCUCCACUACUAUACUAUGAUGGUCUCCACACCUUGUUAUUGUACUAGCUCCACUACUAGUACCAUUACUAUACUAUGGUGGUCUCUACACCAUGUUAUUGUACUAGCUCCACUACUAUACUAUGAUGGUCUCCACACCUUGUUAUUGUACUAGCUCCACUACUAUACUAUGAUAGUCUCCAGCUUGUUAUUGUACUAGCUCCACUACUAGCUCCACUACUAUACUAUGAUGGUCUCCACACCUUGUUAUUGUACUAGCUCCACUACUAGUACCAUUACUAUACUAUGGUGGUCUCUACACCAUGUUAUUGUACUAGCUCCACUACUAUACUAUGAUGGUCUCCACACCUUGUUAUUGUACUAGCUCCACUACUAUACUAUGAUGGUCUCCACCUUGUUAUUGUACUAGCUCCACUACUAUACUAUGAUGGUCUCCACACCUUGUUAUUGUACUAGCUCCACUACUAUACUAUGAUGGUCUCCACAGCUUGUUAUUGUACUAGCUCCACUACUAUACUAUGAUGGUCUCCACCUUGUUAUGGUACUGGCUCCACUACUAGCUCCACUACUAUACUAUGAUGGUCUCCACCUUGUUAUUGUCCUCGUCCACUACUAGUACCACUACUAUACUAUGAUGGUCUCCACACCUGGUUAUUGUACUAGCUCCACUACUAUGCUAUGAUGGUCUCCACACCUUGUUAUUGUACUAGCUCCACUACAAUACUAUGAUGGUCUCCACACCUUGUUAUUGUACUAGUACCACUACAAUACUAUGAUGGUCUCCACACCUUGUUAUGGUACUGGCUCCACUACUAGCUCCACUACCAUACUAUGAUGGUCUCCACCUUGUUAUUGUCCUAGCUCCACUACUAGUACCACUACUAUACUAUGAUGGUCUCCACACCUGGUUAUUGUACUAGCUCCACUACAAUACUAUGAUGGUCUCCACACCUUGUUAUUGUACUAGUACCACUACUAUACUAUGAUGGUCUCCACACCUUGUUAUUGUACUAGUACCACUACAAUACUAUGAUGGUCUCCACACCUUGUUAUUGUACUAGUACCACUACAAUACUAUGAUGGUCUCCACACCUUGUUAUGGGACUGGCUCCACUACUAGUACCACUACUAUACUAUGAUGGUCUCCACACCUUGUUAUUGUACUAGCUCCACUACUAUACUAUGAUGGUCUCCACACCUUGUUAUUGUACUAGCUCCUCUCCUAUACUAUGAUGGUCUCCACACCUUGUUAUUGUACUAGUACCACUACUAUACUAUGAUGGUCUCCACACAUUGUUAUUGUACUAGUACCACUACUAUACUAUGACGGUCUCCACACCUUGUUAUUGUACUAGCUCCACUACUAGCUCCACUACUAUACUAUGAUGGUCUCCACAGCUUGUUAUUGUACUAGCUCCACUACUAUACUAUGAUGGUCUCCACACCUUGUUAUUGUGCUAGCUCCUCUACUAUACUAUGAUGGUCUCCACACCUUGUUAUUGUACUAGUACCACUACUAUACUAUGAUGGUCUCCACACAUUGUUAUUGUACAAGUACCACUACUAUACUAUGAUGGUCUCCACACCUUGUUAUUCUACUAGCUCCACUACUAUACUAUGAUGGUCUCCACACCUUGUUAUUGUGCUAGCUCCUCUACUAUACUAUGAUGGUCUCCACACCUUGUUAUUGUACUAGUACCACUACUAUACUAUGAUGGUCUCCACACAUUGUUAUUGUACUAGUACCACUACUAUACUAUGACGGUCUCCACACCUUGUUAUUGUACUAGCUCCACUACUAGCUCCACUACUAUACUAUGAUGGUCUCCACAGCUUGUUAUUGUACUAGCUCCACUACUAUACUAUGAUGGUCUUCACCUGUUGGGGCUGUGUUUCUGGACCUAAGGAAGGCUUUUGAUACUGUUAACCAUGAGAUUCUCAUCACAAAAUUGUCCAAGUUCAACUUUUCCCCCGAUGCCUUGAGACGGAUGAAAUCAUACCUUGAAGGCAGAACUCAGUGUGUCAGAGUGAGCAAUGAGCUGUCGCCCACUCUUAGCUAUGAUGUGGGUGUGCCCCAAGGGUCAAUACUGGGGCCCCUCCUGUUCAGCCUGUACAUUAAUGAUCUGCCUUCUGUCUGUACUAGGUCUGAAGUUCAAAUGUAUGCAGAUGAUACAGUGAUAUAUGUGCAUGCAAAGAGCAAACAACAAGCUGCACAAGAACUCACUAUUGUAAUGGUCCAGGUUACAAAGUGGCUCAGUGUCUCGUUUUUGCAUCUCAAUGUGAAAAACCUGUUUGCAUGUUCUUCACAAAGAGGGCAACAGAUGCUACUGAGCCAGAUGUCUAUGUGUCAGGGGAGAAGCUCCAGGUGGUAUCUGAUUUUAAGUACCUUGGCAUCAUACUUGAUUCCAACCUCUCUUUUAAAAAGCAUGUUAAAAAGGUAAUUCAAAUAACCAAAUUCAACCUAGCUAAUUUCCGAUUUAUACGAAAUUGUUUGACUACAGAGGUAGCAAAACUGUACUUCAAAUCUAUGAUACUCCCCCACUUAACAUACUGCUUGACUAGUUGGGCCCAAGCUUGCUGUACAACAGUAAGACCUAUUCAGUCUGUCUACAAACAGGCUCUCAAAGUGCUUGAUAGGAAGCCCAAUAGCCAUCAUCACUGUCACAUCCUCAGAAAGCAUGAGCUCCUGAGUUGGGAAAAUCUUGUGCAAUACACCGAUGCAUGUCUUGUAUUCAAGAUCCUAAAUGGCUUGGCUCCCCCUCCACUCAGUAUUUUUGUUAAACAGAAAACCCAAACAUAUGGCAGCAGAUCCACAAGGUCUGCCAUGAGAGAUAACUGUGUAGUUCCCCUAAGGAAAAGCACCUUUAGUAAAUCCACUUUUUCUGUGAGAGCUUCCCAUGUCUGGAAUACACUGCCAUCAGACACACAUAACUGCACCACAUAUCACACUUUCACAAAAUCCUUGAAUACAUGGCUAAAGGUCAAUCAGAUUUGUGAACAUGGUCCCUAGCUGUGUGUUGCCGCUUUCCAUGACUGUUGUCUGUAACUUGUGAGGUGUGGAAACACUUUGUUGCUUUUAUGAAUUUUGUCUUGCUGCUUUUUGUUCUAUGUUGCUCUGUCUGUAUGCUACGUCUUGCUUGUCCUAUGUUGCUAUGUCUGUAUGCUAUAUCUUGUUCUAUGUUGCUAUUGUCUAUAUUGUAAUUGUUUUUAAUAACCUGCCCAGGGACUACGGUUGAAAAUUAGCCGGCUGGCUAAAACCGGCACUUUUACUGAAACGUUGAUUAAUGUGCACUGUCCCUGUAAAAAUAAACUCAAACUUAACUCAA